GCCGAGGCCUGAUCUGUGUGCAGUGGGGGGGUUCAGGCCUGCACAUGGGCACUGUGACUGGCAGCAGGAGGGGAGGCUGGCUUGGGAGAGGCGCAGCGCGGCCUAGCCCUAAUGCCCCAGCCCCCUGGCUCCGGCAGCGUGGAAGGGGGGAGCGUGUUUGGAGCCGUCACGGCCCCGCCAGCCACGGGGCUCUGCUGCUGGGCCCCCGGCCGUGCUGGUGCUCCCCGGCUACCAGCCAGAGCGGCAUGUCCGCGAUCCGCGGCGGUGCCCGCUCCUGCCUGGGGCAGGCUCCGCAGCCAUGUCGUGCUGUCCUCCCAAGCCUCGCCCUGCUGCUCCAGGCUGCACUGUGACAGGACAGCCAAAGGCUGGGGUGCCAUCCAGUGCCCGCUCUGCCUGGCGCCAGUGCCUAGCCGGCAGGAGCCGCUUGUGGAGCCUGGGCGCUCCCUGUGCUGCUCUGCUUGGCCAGGAGCCCUGCUGCCUCCGCGCUGGCAUGGGGCGCAGGCGGGCUCGGCUUUCCUGCUCGCUGCCUGCAAGCAGGUUAAAAAUAGCUCGGCCCUCCUGCCUGCUCCGAGAUUCCUGUGGCGGCCCGUGCCCGGAGCUCCCAGCCCUGCCGGCUGCCCCUCGCUCAGCCGGGGACGUGCCUGCAGGAGCUGCCGCUGGCCAUGCCCCGCAGGGCGCUCUGUGCCACUCUGCGCUGCCAGAGGUGGGGGGGCGAAGGCUUGUGGGCUGCAGCCUGGCACGCCGUGACUCGCCCCCCGAGGGCUGCGGCUGGCUGGGCUCUGAGCUGCCUCCUGUGCGUCCUGCGCACCCUGAUGAGCUUCUUCCUGCUGCCCAGCAAGGGACCAGGCGGCCUGGCACCACGGGCAGAGCCCUGGGGGAACAGCCUUGAGCAGAGGGUCUACCGGAGCCGAGGGGCGGGGCUGCCCCUCGUUACCGCCCAGACAGAUCCCUGUGCCUUCCAGGUGGAGCUGGCCCGGCUGGCUGAGGAGAGCGCGUACUUCGGGGCGCUGGCCCGCUCCCAGAUGCAGGAGGCUGCGGAGGGGCGGCUGGUGCUGGAGCACAUCCCAUCGGGCGCCUUCUGCGCCAUCCUGGAGUUUGUCUUCCUGGGGCACUUCAGGCUGGGUGAGGAGGAGCUGCUGCCCGCUGUCCAGGCUGCCAGUUACUUGCUGGUGCCCUCCUUCCUGGAGCAGUGCUGGCUGGCCCUGCGCCCCCUCCUGUGCCCCCACAACUGCCUGUCCUACCUGCGCUUUGCCGAGGCCAUCGGCUGCCCGGAGAUGCGGGCCGUGUUGUGCCAGUACCUGAGCGCCCAGCUCCUGGAGCUGGCGCCCGUCACGGGGCAGCUGGCCCCGGCGCUGCAGGAGGAGCUGGCAGGGCUCCGGACGCGGGGCCCCCAGCAGCUGUGCGUGCUCCACAAGGAGAACCUGAGGGCCCCGGCCACCCCCGACAUGGAGCCCCUGCGCGGCCUCUACUGCCUCCCCCUGGGCCAGGGGGGCACCUGGCGCCGGGCCACCGGGCUGCCCUUCCGGGCCGACAAGUGGAGCUUCAGUACCGCCCAGCUGCUCAACUACCUGUUCCUCAUCGGCGGCUACCGGGAGCGCCGCGGGGCCCGUGGGUUCGCCUUCCGCAUGGCAGCCUUCCGCUACAACCCGCUGGCUGGCUGCUGGCAGCCCACCGCCCCGCUGCUGAAGCGCCGGCGGCACUUCAGCACAGCGGUGGUGGGGCAGCGGAUUUAUGCCAUCGGGGGCUGGUACCUGGACACGCUCCUGGCGCCGGACGGCGGCACAGCUCUGUACGCGGCGGUGGAGCGCUACGACCCCUGGAGUGACUCGUGGGCCUUCGUCUCCUCGCUGCCCCUCACCGACUUCACCUUCGCCGUCUCGCUGUCCCACGACCUGCCGCUCUGCGCAGCUCACGCCGGCAGCAUCUACACCCUGGGCAGCCUGCAGAGGACGGGCGAGAAGCUGCUGCUGCGUUACGACGUCGGGGCAGACACGUGGCAGGAGCUGCUCCCCACGCUGACGCGAGCCGACGCCGACCUACCCGGUCUCUAUUUCCUGGGGGGCUCGGAGCCCCUCUAUGUGGUGGGGGGCAACGCCCAGGAGAACGUGGUGAUUUCCUUCAGCCCGGGGGCCCGGCGCUGGGGCCCUGCGCGGAGCCUGCCCAAGUGCAGCCUGGCAGGGCAGGGCGUGGCCUGGGGCAGCCGCCUCUUCAUGGCGGCACCGGAGCUGGGCACGGUGCUGGCCCUGGAGCUGGGCUCGCUGGCCUGCUGCCCGCUGCCCGCCCCGCCCUUCCCCCUCUCCUACGAGGCCCUCUUCUUCCUGCACUUCCCGCCGCCCCCCUCGCCCCGUGGGGAGCUGGGCAGUGAGCAGGGGCAGGCGGGGCCAGAGGGCCCCGGGGCCAGCUGGGACAGUGAGGGGACCCCCUCGUGGUGAGCCCGGCGUUCACGCCCUGCCACGAGCGGUGUGCGGCGCAUGCCGGAGGGAGGGGCGCUCGUUUGCCCACUGAUGACGCGCUGGCUCGUUAAGGUUGCUGUGAGACGGGCACAGGUGCCACGCGGGUGCUGCGGCCGGUUCCCGGGGCUGUUGGGGGCGGGUUCUCGCCAGGCGAAGGACGGACAGGGGCCGACGCAGCAGCCCGGGGGGGGCCCAGACUCCAGGGACCCUUUGUCCGCAUCAGAGGCUGCAGCAGGAAGGGGAGGGGGUCUCCCUAGGGCCAACCCCAGUUGGGGGAGCCAGCCUGAAGCCGGGCCUGGGCCCCCUCACAAGCCCCCAGUUCCCAGGGGCGCUGACCCCUGGGGGAGGAACUCGCAGGGAGCCCCAGGUGGGCGCUGCCCAUUCCCAUGGGGGGCUGAGCCUGGUGCCUCCUUUGUCACUGCGCUUCCCCUGCCUCCCCCGCCUGCUCCUAGCCCCCUUGCUCCUUAUUUAUCCCGCUGCCCUUCCACCCACAUACCAGCCGCUAUUUCUGGGGCUGGCUCUGAGCCCAGGGCGAGCUC